AUGGCUUUCUCCAGAAUGUUCUGGACACUACUCUCCUGCCUGAUGCUCCUAUCCAAGGUCCAAGCUGAAGACCCCCAGAGGGAGCUGCCCUCAGCCCGGAUCAGCUGCCCCAGAGGCUCCAAGGCUUAUGGUUCUUACUGUUAUGCUUUGUUCCUGGCGCCCAAAUCCUGGAUGGAUGCAGAUAUAGCCUGCCAGAAGCGGUCCUCAGGACACCUGGUCUCUGUGCUAGGGGCAACGGAAGGGUCUUUUGUUGCCUCCUUGGUGAAGAGCAUUUCAACCAGCUAUGCAAACAUCUGGAUUGGAAUUCAUGACCCCACACUGGGCUUGCAACCCAAUGCCGGAGGCUGGGAGUGGAGUAACGGAGACGUGCUACAUUACUUGUCUUGGGAGAGAGAUCCUGCCACAGUCUCAAAUUCUGGCCACUGUGGGGCAGUGUCCCGAACCACAGGAUUCCUCAAAUGGAGAGACUAUGACUGCAGCCAGAGGUUGCCCUAUGUUUGCAAGUUUAAGGGCUAA